AUGACAUUGGCUGCCAGCAGGAAAAAGUCUUGCGUUCUGUGCCGGACCAGUAAGGCGAGGUGUUCGCUCGGGACACCAUGCCGGCGCUGUGAGGAAAGGGAUUUGAGGUGUAGAUACGACCACGUCCCCAAGCAAUCAGCUGGAUACCGAUCACUGCGUCCGGCCGAAACAAUCGCUGACCGCGGUGUUCACGGAGCACUUGAUCAGCUUCCCAAUGGCAAGGAGUCACUGAUCCGCAUCGAGAGAGACGGCCUGCUUCCGGGGGACCACCCGCGGCCCGAACGUGAACCGUCGAUGGACUGGUCGAACCUCUUGUCAACGGAAAUUGCGACGAUCCCUUUAGACUCUGACCCUAUUUUACAGAGACAACUCCUAAGUCCAAAUCCCUUCUCCUUGAGCUUCGACUCGCCUCAACUUCGCCAGGCGGUGCUUGGCGGUGCCGGAGUUCCGUGGCAGCGAAGUAACUCGAGCCUAUUCGGACCAGAGGACCUUGGUGAUUUAGGCGUCAUGGAUGACACGGAAUAUCAAGAUCACGAAAAUCCUUCAAGUGAAAUCCAGUUACACAGGACUUUCAGGGAUUGUCCGGCAAGGAAACUCCGGCCAUUCUAUCAAGACAAACCCCUCGUCCCGCGAAUUACUAAAACGGUGGCAACAUGCUUCACAGCCAGAGUCCUCCUCGGCCAGAUCUUAUCUUAUCCCAGGAUGAUGAUCAAAGGUGGCCGGAUGCCGCCUUUCAUAUUCACACCCUGCGCCAUUGACGGAUCUGAGUCAAUAGCUGGAUGUUGUGGCAAGGAGCUUCACCAGUGUCUUCCAGAGCCGCUAGCCAUCUGCUGCAACCUCGUGCAAAGCUUUUAUCAGAGGACUCCGGGAAGCGCGGCUUUUGUUUGGAGGAAGCAGCUGCUAGCCAGGUCGCUGCACCUGACCCUGAAUUACGAACUCGACCUGAUCAGCAAGCUAAGUCUAGAUCGUCGAGGCUGGAUUCUUCGUGAGAGUACCAGGAGGACAAUCUGCCUUCUAUUUGGCAUUGAGCUUUUGAUGGACGUGGAUCUGAACGCAGAGGAACCGGCGGAUUGCGGUGGCUAUAGUCUCCUGCCACUGCCCUCCGGCAGAGAUUUGUGGGAAGCCGUGUCCAGUGACGAGUGGCGUGCACGAUACAGGAGGCUACGAGCCGAGUCGUGCGAUGAAAAGGUUCUGAGCAUCCAGGAUCUUCGAAAGGCUAGACGGGCUUUGGGGGCGGACUCUGAAGAUCGAAGCCAGGAGGACCAGCUGGUAGCCCGAGUCGCAAAGUGGUGCGAGGGGAUCGAUGAAUUCGGGAUGAUGGUCUGGAUGGCUGUCAUGCUAGAGUGA